AUGACGGCAGACGGCCACGGCGACCUGAACAACUCGCAGGCCAUCCGCCAGCGGGUCGUCCUCGACGUCGACCCGGCGUUCAGCCAUGUCUCUCUGGCCAUAGCGGAGGCAGAGGACGAUCCCAGCGUCCGGACGCAGUACAGGCCCUUCUUGUUAGACGCUGGCUCGGCCGGGUCCUCCUCUGAUGGCCAGGGAACCGAAGCCGCAGAUGGUGACUGGGUGGCGAAGCUCGAGCUUAGCACCGUGCUCAAGAUGGUCCAGGAGGAGAUUCUCGACAAGAAGCAGGACCGGCUACGGAUCUUGGUUCUAUAUGGCAGCCUGAGGAGCAGAUCAUUCUCCCGCCUCCUGGCCUACGAAGCAGCCCGCAUCCUCUUCAGACUGGGCUGUGACGUCCGCGUGUAUGACCCGACAGGCCUGCCCCAGAAGGACGACGUGCAGCAUGACCACCCCAAGGUGCAAGAGCUGCGGGAGCUGAGCAAGUGGAGCGACGGCCACGUCUGGGUGAGCCCAGAGCAGCACGGUCAACUCUCAAGCAUCUUCAAGCAACAGAUCGACUGGAUCCCUUUAUCCACGGGCUCCGUGCGCCCGACGCAGGGCCGCACCCUCGCCAUCGCCCAGGUCAGCGGCGGCUCGCAGUCCUUCAACACGGUCAACACGCUGCGCGUCCUGGGGCGGUGGAUGCGCAUGUUCGCCAUCCCGAACCAGAGCUCCGUGCCCAAGGCGUACACGCAGUUCACGCCUGCGGCCGAAGGGAGCAGGAUGAUGCCUAGCUCGAACCGCGAGCGUCUGGUCGACUGCAUGGAGGAGCUGGUCAAGUACACGAUUGUCAUGAGGCCGCAUUUCGACUUGUUCGGGGAUCGGUUCAGCGAGCGCGAGGAGCGGAGGGUCAAGGCGGAGCAGCAGCUCCCAGCGAUGUGAGAAGGACCCUGCUACGAACGAUCAGCACCAUCAAAGACAAAAUGUUCUAGAGGCGCUGUUGCGAUAGAAGGCUGGGUCAAGGUUUAGGCCAUGGCACGUUGUUUCCGGCAGGCAUACUAGACGAUGCAAGCAUCAACAAACGACGGCGAAGUCA